UCCAAAGCCAAAUGCCAGUCACUCUGCUCUCUCCUCUUUCCUUCAAAAUCAAAUUCAAUCCCCAAGCCACUGCUCUCAAAACACCACAAUUCAACACCCUCAACAAAGACAAAGUCAUCAUCAUCGGCGCUGGCCUCGCCGGUCUCGCCGCCGCCACCAAGCUCCACUCUCAAAACAUACCCUUCCUCCUCCUCGAAGCCUCCGACGCCGUCGGCGGCCGCGUUCGAACCGACACUCUCAAUGGCUUUCUUCUCGACCGUGGCUUCCAAAUCUUCAUUACGGCUUAUCCGGAAGCCCAGAAAUUACUCGACUACAACGCAUUGAAUCUUCAGAAAUUCUAUUCCGGCGCCAAAAUUUUCCAUAAUGGCCGAUUCCACACGGUGGCUGACCCUUUACGCCACUUUGGCGACUCAUUGAACUCGCUAGCGAACCCCAUUGGCUCGGCUCUCGAUAAGUUGCUGAUCGGUUUGACGAGAAUAAGGGUUUUGAGUAAAUCGGAUGAAGAAAUUUUUAGUGCCGGUGAAGUUUCGGUUUUGGAUUUGUUGAAGAGUAUCGGGUUUUCGGAUUCGAUUAUUGAGCGGUUUUUUAAGCCCUUUUUCGGUGGUAUUUUCUUCGAUAAAGAACUGGAAACGAGUUCGAGAUUGUUUGAUUUUAUCUUCAAAUGUCUUGCUCUUGGAGAUAAUACUAUUCCCGCCAAGGGAAUCGGCGAAAUUCCAAAUCAGUUGGCGGCGAAAUUGCCGUCCGAUUCAAUCCUGUUGAACACAAAAGUUGUUUCCGUCGAUUUAAACAGCCGAAAUUCGGCAAAUGUGAGGCUGCAGAAUGGAGAAGUAUUGAAUACUGAGCUUGGGAUAAUCUUGGCCGUUGAAGAACCUGAAGUUGAUAAGCUUUUACCGGGAAAAGAGUUAAACCCACAAAGAAAAAAUUAUCGGAGUACCGUUUGCUUGUAUUUUUCGGCGAAUCGGGAUAAAAUUCCGGUGCAGGAUCCGGUUCUUUUUCUGAACGGUUCGGGGAAAGGAAUUGUUAACAACAUGUUUUUCGCUACAAAUGUAGCUCCGUCGUAUGGUCCAUCAGACAAGGCACUGGUUUCGGUGUCAUUGAUCGGGUUGUUUGAGGAUGUUUCAGAUGAUAAUUUAAGAGAUGAGGUGAUCCGCGAAAUAUCAGGAUGGUUCGGGAGCGAAAUGGUGGGUUCAUGGGAACAUUUGAGAACGUAUCGGAUCCGGUUUGCUCAACCGAAUCAAAGCCCACCAACGAAUUUGAUGAAAAAUCCGAAACGUGAAUCAGGUUUGUAUUUGUGUGGUGAUUAUAUGACUUCUGCAACUUUUGAUGGCGCUUUGGUUUCGGGAAGAAGAGCAGCUGAAGCUUUGAUGAGGGAAAGGGCAUUAUUGUCCGUUUAAUUUAUUUUUAUAUUAUAUUAAUUUUAAUUUUUUGAUGUUAUUGUAGGUAUUGUACUUUAUAUUGUAAAACCGAUUGAAAUAAUUGUAAUUUGUAAAACAUGUGAUUGAUAUA